UUCACCAGGGGGCUGGGUUGCUACCAAAGAUAGAGCACUACGUGUCCAGCUUCUAAAUAUUUGAAACUAGUCUAGACCAGACAAAGCGUGAGCUUGUAGCCAUCUGCAUACGGCCUCCUCUCCGAUGAGAUUGCGAGUCCGCGGAGCAGCGAAGUUACAGGAUAUGCCCAUGCGUCUGUCACACGUCUGAUCAUUUGCGGCACAUGAAUGACCAGCGACUGGACGACAAUGGAUGCCAUCUCGCCAUCAUGACCAGUGCACUUUAUUGGAUCAUGUAGAUGGAUGACCAGUCAGCUGUCCUCAUAUUGGCUGCAGAAAUACUGGUUGACUGUUGGGUUGGGCUCUAUUCAAGGUCUCUUGUAACUGGAUGUUUUUCUUUGGCCUCCGGAAACCUUGGCUUGCUCAGUACAACCGAAAUUCAACGGAAUCAAACAUUUACAUGCUGAAGACAGAAUAGGAAUUGUUUUUUUCUUUGUUUGGUGUUGGGCAAGUGAUCUUUUCUUAAUGUUACUGUGCUGGCCUGCGCUCCUUAUCUUGAUUGGCUGGGGAGGAGGACUGGGCGAGGAGCAUGCAGUGAGUGAGGCAACACAGGCGUUGCCUUUCUGUGGAUGGACAGGAGCAAAGAGCACAGUUCCAGACACGCUCAAGGACUCCUUUUCGCCAUUCUAUUUUGGUUUAAGAAGAACUGGCAUUGGUAGUGCACAUUCCGUUUGGUUGCCAAGGAAACUUCGGUGGGCACGACAGGGGCAGGUGGUUCCCGGGAUGUAGAGCAGAGUUGCAUGGUUCUCUAUGCCUUGUGUGCAUGUAAACAGUGAACCAUGGCCACAGGUUUGUCAUCCUGGCUGAACGGAAUGCUUGGGACUAAGAGGACCAUCCUAUCUUCCCUUCUGUUCCUGCUGUGCAGCAACACACAUGUGAUGGGUUCGGAUCUGGAUACUCUCAUAAGAUUGCGUACUGAGUAUUGGAAAAAAUGCAAUGACUCAUUAUCAACCCAGUUUCCCACACAAACUGGAAUCUUUUGCAAUGGGACAUUUGACACGUUUGUCUGUUGGCCACAUUCAGCCCCUGGAAAUGUCUCUGUCCCCUGUCCUUCCUACCUGCCCUGGAUCAAAUCAGAUAUUUCAAGAAGAGUAUACAUGGAGUGUUUGCCAAACGGUACUUGGCGGAGAGAGAAGAACUCUACCACAGUGUGGCGAGAAAAAACAGAGUGUGAAGAUCAUCACUACUACAAGUCAGCGGAGGACGAGCGAGUCCGGCACUCUCACCUGAGGACAACUUCCAUAGUGGGAUACUCGCUUUCUCUCUCUUCUCUUAUCAUUGCUGUCAUCAUUAUGGGGAAUCUGAGGAAGCUUCACUGUACGAGAAAUUACAUCCACUUGAAUCUAUUUGUGUCGUUCAUAUUGAGAGCGAUGGCAACAAUGACACACACAAUCGUGUCAACAACAAAGGCAUCCACAUUUCCCAACAAUGAAAUGGGAUGGAACACCUUUUCAAACUCAACGAUCUCUGUUAUCUGCAAGGCGUCCCGAGUGUCCAUGGAGUAUUUUGUGGGGUGUAAUUUCUUCUGGCUGUUGGUGGAGGCGAUAUUUCUCCACACACUUCUCUUCACCGCUGUGCUGACCAAGCGCAGGCUGCUGAAACGCUACAUGCUCAUUGGAUGGGGGACUCCGAUGGGCUUCAUACUACCAUGGAUUGUGGUAAAGGCACUCAAUGAAAACAUACACUGCUGGGUGAACAAAAGCCGGCUGAUCUGGUGGAUGAUUAAGGGACCUAUAGCAGUAGCCGUAGUGGUGAUUUUUUGCAUUUUCCUGAAAAUUCUGAAACUCUUGCUGUCAAAAUUGAAAGCAGACCAGGUGAAAUUCACUGACUAUAGAUACAGCUUAGCCAGAGCAACUCUGGUCCUGAUCCCAUUAUUAGGGAUUCAUGAAGUAGUGUUCAACCUGAUCACAGAUGACUACAUGGACAUGAAGCAGCGAGACAUCCGCAACUUCAUCAACAUGAUUCUCAGCUCUUUUCAGGGUUUUGUGGUGGCUGUGCUCUACUGUUUUCUAAAUGGAGAGGUGAGGGCAGAGCUUAAGAAGAGGUGGCAGCUGUUCACCUGCACCCAUCACCUAGAUAUGCACAACUGCGUCCAGGGCAUACACCCCAAAUACCUGUGGAAGUGCUCCCAAAGGUCCGCGGUGGCCCAGUCGUCUGUGGACAACAGCGAGACCUACCAGGAGGGCGGCGCUAGCUGCGGUGGUGGCGGCAACAGUGGGCUGACGCACACCACGCACCUCCUGCAGGUGCCGGCUCAGUGCGGGAGGAACCCCCAGUGGGCUGGCCGGGUCACUGCCCUGGAGUUCUACCCGCGGAAGAGCCUCUCGAGCAGCGACGGCGAGAUGACGCUUGGGGAGACCAUGGAGGAGAUCCUGGAGGAGAGUGAGUUUUGAGUAGAGUGGACCCGCCCACCUAGAUCCUCUUUCAGGGAGAUCUAGUCUGGAAACCCAUGGUUUAUAACCGUUUCCCUCAGACAAGGAAAAUGUCAGGCCAAUCAGCGAUGAGAGGGGAAGACAAAAUCGAAACUUAUCGUGAUAAACAGAAGCAGCAACACCUGCAAACGUCAAAAAAUGCAGUUGGAAAAAUGCAGAAAUUUAUUUACAGCACA